UGUAUUAUGUGACCCUCUUGUUUCACGUGGCUCUCCGAAUCUUCCUAACGUCACACUUAAUCCCCUAAUAAUCCAUCAGUCGUCGAUCUAAAUUAUGCUAAUUGCGAACGGUCAACGUCGCAGAUAUCGUCCGAUGACGACGUACAUUAUACAGCUCUCGCGCUGUCGAUCAUUCAACACGUUUGCCUCCUUUCUUUGCCCUUAUAUCGUGUCGCGUGUAUAGAAUCGCAAUGAAGUUCAGCAUAGAAUCCACCGCAUCCUAUAACAGCAUCCAUCCUGCCUAUCAUUAUACCGAGCAAUUCGCCAAUAAUGGCGAUACCUAUCGGGAGGGCACCAGGUGGUAUGGGGUUUUCCUCGCGUUCCUGUCGGGCACCUUCUUCACCAUUAGCGCCGCUUUGGUCAAGGCGGUACGCAAUGUGGACCCUAUGAUGUUGCUGGCCAUCCGCGCCCUGUUGCAGAUCCUAGUGAUGCUCAUCGUGGCCUGCAGAUCGUCCGGAGAACUCUUCGGCCCUUCCGGACGGAGAAUACUUAUACAUUUUCAGGGCCUGGUAGGCGGCAUGACUCUGUCACUACUAUACUACAGCUUCCGAGAAUUACCUUUAGGAGAUGCCACAACAAUUAUAUUCAGUUCGCCUGUGAUCGUCAUCGCGCUUUCCUUCCUCUUCUUGAAGGAACCCUGCGGCGUUCUGCGUAUACUGGUAGUCUGCACGCUUUUUGCAGGCGUCAUCCUCGUUGCCAGACCGCCCUUCUUAUUCCAGAUGCAUCAUGCCGAGAGCUACAAUCUUAUGGGAUACCUGUGCGCCAUCAUGGCGACUGUCUUCACGGCGCUCAACAUCGUCGUCAUGAGAAAGUGUUCGGAGAUACAUUAUUCUAUCCUGGUGCUAAAUCUGUCGUGCUGGUCGUUCGCCUCGUCUGUCUUCUUCUACUUUACAGUGUCUGGUCAUGGCAUUAGUCAUGAACUUCACAAGUCCUGGCUGCCACAUGACUGGUUCACCUGCCUCCAGAUCAUGUUGGUGGCGUUGACUGGCCUGACCGGUCAGGUCCUGGUGACGAAAGCAUUGAAGAUCGAAGGUGCGGGUAAAGUGUCAGUCACCAGGUCGCUGGAUAUCAUAUUGGCGUACGUGAUCCAGGUAUAUAUCUUUGGCGAGAAACCGACUUCGACCAGUCUGAUAGGGGCGAUCCUCAUCAUCUCUUCCGUGAUUUGUAUGGGCUUCGAGAAGGAAAUCUACGCCGUCUGUGAUUUCAUUCCCUAAUCACGAACAAAAUCAUUCGAAGUCGAGUAAAAAAAAUCGCAAGAGGAAAUAAAAUCUUCAAAUGCAAACAGUCUAAUCUUGACUUGUAUUCGUGGCAAGAACCUCUCCUCAAAAUCACAUACUAUGCUUGGAAUAUCACGAUAUCAGAUGAGAACAAAUGAUAUUAAUAAAU